CCAAUCAUCUCUAAUCUCCUCCUCUUUUUAAAUCCCUCCCUUCACUUAAUUGCAAACCCACAUCAACUCCAUCUCUCUACUCUCUCUCUAGAAAAUGGCUACCGAAGAAAUCGUCUCUGCUCCGGCUCCUCUCCCUCCUCUUCCUCAAUAUCCAGAGCUGAUUUUGGCUGCAAUUGAAGCGGUGGACGAGAAAAACGGAGCGAACAAGACGACGAUAUCGAGACACAUCGAGGGAAUCUACGGUCAGCUACCGGCAGCUCACACGACUCUGUUGUCUCACCACUUGAACAGGAUGAAACAAUCAGGAGAGCUCGUGUUGUACAAGAACAACUACCUCAAGCCUGAUCCCAACGCGCCGCCUCGCCGCGGUCGUGGCCGGCCUCCCAAGGCCAAAGCGUUGCCUGAUCCGGACGCGGUUGCGUCGCCGGUGAGGCCACGUGGACGGCCGCCGAAGGUUGUAGAUCCGGAGGCCCCGGCGCCUGAGGCGAAGGCGAAGAGUCCGAGUGUGAGUGGGAAGAAGCGCGGGAGGCCGAAGAAGUCGGAGAAGAAAGAUGAUGACGUGGUGGAGGCGGAGACAGAAACGGUGGCGGAGGCGGAGACAGAGACGGUGGCGAAGGCGGAGACAGGGGCGGCGCCGAGUGCACCGUCGAGAGGAAGAGGACGGCCGCCCAAGGUGAAGCCGGAGGCGACUGCUGUGGUGGAGGCUUUAUUGUAAUUUUAGAAAAAGAGUUGUAGUUGUAGGCGGUGGAGUGCUGGUUAAUCGAUGUUUUAGUAGUAAUAUUAAAUUUAAAAUUUAAAAUUAUGGUUUUAGUGGUAUUCAAAGCUUGGUGUUAGUCGGUUAAUUAGUCAGGCGAGUAGAAAUUGAAUUACUGAGGCUGCUGACUGUUA